GAGAGAGAGAGAGAGAGAGAGAGAGACUCAGACGGUUUAUUUUUCUCUGUGCCUAUCAAGUACCCAACCCAAGAGCAAGAAACACCCAAGAGCGAGAAACAGAGAGAGAUAGGGAGAGUAGGGUUCUUCAGAUCUUGUUCUUGGUCGUGAGCAGUGAUUGAUACGAAUUCAAUCAUGGGUUUUUCUCUUUACCACUUCUACAGCGGAACAACCCCAAUCCCACCACCUACCUUUCUCUGAUCACAGUUUCAGCUACGUAUUAAUCUUAGGUUUUCCAGUCAGCGAGCUCCUCCUCGAAUUCUCCCCUGUUUCUUUGACACACACACAGAAUCAGCAUUUCCCAAGAAAAUUCAUAUCCUUCUUUUGGUUUGUUCUCAUCCCGCUGUUCUUGUUCUUGGCCCAUUGCGUUUUCCAUCUUGAUCCAUCGUCUCGUAUCGGUUUUUCUUAUCUGGGUUCUUGUUCUUGGUUCAUUCCGUUUGGUUUCUUGAUCUAAUCAAAUGGAGGUGGAAGAUCAAGAACAGAAGUUGCACGUGUGCAAGAUUUGUAGCAAGAGCUGCUUUAAUGGGUAUUCAUUGGGAGGCCACAUGAGGUGCCAUUUAGCCACAACUUCAGCUAAAAAGCACGAAGAUCACAACGAAACCCACAUGGCUAUGGAAUGGACCGAUGAUAUUGAUAACAGUUAUGGGCUUAGAGAAAACCCUAAGAAGUCCUGGAGAAUUUCGGAUGCGAAAAACCAGUGCAGAGAAUGCGGAAAAGAGUUCAAAACGAUGACAGCUCUCUCUGGUCAUAUGAGAUGUCACUCGAUUAAAGAAAAAGAAUGGCCGUGUAAACAGUGUGGUAGAGGGUUUGGUUCAAUGAGAGCUCUGUUCGGUCACAUGAGGCAUCACCCCAAAAGAUUGCCAGAGAAGCAAUCGGAGUACGAGAAUUUGUGCCCGGUUCGGAGGAAGCGAUCGAAGCUGAGUUACAAGGUUUCUGCUAAUCUUUCUUUAACCAAUUCGAAUCCAAAUGCAUCUUGUUUGGAUGUUUCUGAGGUUGAUGAAUUAGAGGAGGCUGCUUUGAGUUUGAUCAUGCUGUCUAGAGGUGUGACAAAUUUGGCUGAGUUGAAUUCAGUCUUGGAGUCUUCUGAGAAUGAUAAAUCUGGAAUUUGCAAAGAUAGUAGUCGAGGUGGGAAAUUAGAGUGUGAUUUUGAUGAUGAGAAUUGGAAGGGAAAGAAGAAAUUGAGAGCGAGAUUGGAUUCUCGUGUUUCAGGUUCUUGGAAUUCUUUGUGUGAGAAGAAAGAAUCUGAAUUGGGUGAAAAGAAGGCCGAUUCGGGAUUUUCCAUUGAUGGGUUAUCUGAAUUUGGUGAAAUGGAUUAUGAGUUUUCGAUCGAAAAUGACAAGGCUGAGUUGGGAUUUUCCACUGAUGGGUCUCAAAAGAGUGAUGAAUUCAAGAAGUUUGAACUCGACGAUGAAUCUGGAAUCGAGUUGUUCGAUGCCGAAAUCAAAGAUGGAAAUGUCCCCACUGAAGUGGUGCUGGUGAAGGAUUUGGUGGGAGAAGUUGGAUUUUUGGAUCAAGAUGACUCAGAAAUGAUGAAGUCUAACUCAAGCAAGGAAGCAACUUUUGAUGAUCAAGAAGAUCCUGAAUUUGGGGUCAAUAUUUGUGAUCAGAUAAACAAAGGUGUUGCUUCUUUUUCUGGGAUCUUUGUGAAGAAACCUGAGUACAAAUGCAGGACGUGCAACCGAGUCUUUCCAUCUUACCGAGCGCUUGGAGGCCACCGGAGUGGCCACAGAACCACCAGUUGUGGCCCUGUGGUGAAGAUUGGCUGCCAUGAAAGCAGUGUUGAGUCAACCACCCUAUUGCUGAAUAACUCUGACCCAAAUUCCGAUCUCGAGAAGCUUGAAUCGACUGAGAAUGUAGUUGAGGAAGUUGGAUUUCAUGAAUUAAAGAAGGGCAAGGACCACGAAUGCCCCAUCUGCUUCAAGGCUUUCCCAUCAGGCCAAGCCUUGGGGGGUCACAAAAGGGCUCAUUAUGUUGGAUUUUCAGAAAACACAACCGCCAAAGAGACUGCUUCAGCAAAGGAAGAAGAGAUUUCUGAGUUGAGUAUUGUCUGCGAUCUUAAUCUCCCAGUUCUUGGUCUUGAAAAUGAGGUCGAUAUCGAUGUUGGGUUCAAGCCGUGGUGGCUUGGGAGUGGUCGCGAGCGUGAGCCGCUGCUGAUCUCUAACUUAGCAAACUGUGUUCCUUGAAUGGCUAAUUCCCACUGAAUUCAUAGUGUGAAAAUGACACUUCAGGUUUUAGAAUGACACCAAGUAGAGGUGAUUUUUUUUCCCCAUUUUUCUGCUUAUUGUCAGUAGCUAGUACCCCCCAUUCCAUCUUGUUUUCCUCCCAUUUUCUUGUGUGUUUCUGUUCUGUUUGGUCUGAAACUGUCUCACUUGUAGGCUAGCAGAACAAGAGCUCACAUAUCAUCCUUUCCAUGGGGAUCUGAAAUUGAAAAUAGAUUGUGAUUCAAGUUU